AUGUCUGGUGUGCUGGAUCGUUCCCAUCUUUCACUGCCAUUAAAAAGUAUUACCACGAGAGAUAAUAGUGGUGUACCGGAAGUUGCGAACACAGAUUCAAGACCGAUGCAGCAAAAGCUUAUGAAGAGUUUUAGCACGCCAGCAGAUUACUUCAUCCCUGCACCCGAGGACUUACACUUUUCGUCGUCGUCUUCCAACUCGUUAAAGGGAUCCGGAAGUUAUCCACCUUUAAGUCGUGCACAAAGCAUUCGAGACACAAUUUCAAACGGGACAGCAAAGUUUUUCGGUGUCCCACCAUCAGAAAGCUGCCAGUCUUCAAUCUGUGUACCUGUCGAUCAGAAGUGGAGUUGCCGCCGACUGCGGUUCAUUAGUAGACAUUAUGGAAAUCCGAAAGAAGACAUAUUUACACGAGAAUUAAGGCUACAAAGUGUAGCUUCAGUUCUGGAUGAUCUGACGGAUGUUCCAUUACCAUCAAAGAGUGUUACACCACAGAGCGAAAUACAUGAAGAUGUAUUUUUAACAUCUGAAAUUGGAGCCGUUAGAACAUUUUGUAGAAGUAAAUCGGUAGGAAGCCGUGGAAGCAGACUUAUUCAGCAACAUCUGGAACGACGCGACAGUGUUAUAAGAAUGAUUUAUGACGGAAUUUCUUCCAUAGUACAAAGGGGGACGUUGAGACCUAAAAAAGACUAUGCUACAGUCAGACGUGGACGAUCAAUAUCGAGCAGUUUUGCACCAUUUUCAGUACAACAGGCUGGAAACAUUACUCACAUAAAAAUUGGGCCACGAGCUAUAGAUGCCCCUUUGUUCGUAACCAAUGAUUUUGAAAUAGUUGAAAUUUUAAUGCUUAUGAGUAAUGUAUCAUAUUUGUACUUACCAGCAGACAGCAUGCCUGCGGUCGUGGAAUUUGCCAUUGAAAGUCAUCAUUUGGUGAAUACCACGGACGUAUCUCAAAAAGAAAACAAAAAAAAAAUUGGAGUUCCUUCAAUGGAAAAGAAUCACCCAGUAAUUAAUUUCCCGUCAGAGGUAGAAACUGCUGUUCAUGUUGCACUUCCGAGGGAAAUUAUUGGUCAGAAAAAACCUCUGUUGCGUUCAGAAUUGACAAAAUAUGAUAUACCUGUAGUUUCUGUUGUGAAACCACAAGUUCAAGCACAAACUGUUACUGACCGUGAAACGAUGGGUGAAAAGGGUUCUGCACCGUUUUCAAGUACAGAGUCUAUACAAGACGAAGUUUUCUUCGAUUAUACAUUACCAACAGUUUCGUCUAAUAUUUCCGACACCGACCAAGAAGAGCAAGCGAAUUCUUUGAGUAUGCAUCGCUGUCAAGAAUUCAGUGUCGGGAGGUUUCCAUCUGUGGCGAGAUAUAAAAAGUUUUGCUCUGAAGACGAUCCAGUAGAAUCCGACACGGGAAAUCGAUGUGAAAAUGGAUCUCCAGAGAGGGAAAUGCAGCUGCAUUAUUUGGAUGAGGAAUGGCUGCAAAACAUUCAAACCGCUAGUGAGAAAAUGACCAAAAGAACUAUAGAAACUUGCAGAAGCGUGCGAAAGAAAUUAUUGUUAGAUACAAUCCAUAGUGAGCUGAAAUCAAGAAAGUAUUCUGUUGCACAUCGUCGGCGUUUUGGAAGUGGUUUUGGAAUAUGGCGGAAAUAUUUUCACCGAGCUUAUAGGAAGGAUGUUUAUCAACUGAAUAACGACACUUAUAUUGACUGUAGGCCUUUCUUCACUUACUGGAUUACCACAGUUCAAAUACUUGUUACCAUAAUCAGUUUGUACACCUAUGGAAUUGGUCCUUGGGGAUUCGGUCUUAUGGAGAGGACAGCUGAUGUUUUGCACACUACUGUUACUUUAAAGAGGGUCAGUAUUUAUGCGCAGCAAAAUAUUUGGCUUGGACCAAAAUUUGCUGAUUUGGUACAUCUGGGUGCUAAAUUUACACCUUGUAUGCGCAUGGAUCCAAGAAUUUUCGAACAAAUUAAAGCCGAUCGCAAGGAAGAAAAUGAAACCGGGUGCUGUAUUUAUAAUGAUGGUAUUGGUUGCUUUCAAACUGGGCGGAAUACUUGUCCAUCUCUGAUAGCCACACUAGCAAAGUGGAAAAACGAUAAGCCAGGUCCAGAUGGUCGCAUAUCGGGCGCUGUUUGUGGGCAAGAUCCGAGAUAUUGCGACGAUCCAGUGUCCGUGAAGCCGUACGAAUGGCCGGAUGAUAUAACACAGUGGCCUACAUGCAAACAGAUGGCUUUCCUCGUACCCGAGAAUGUGGUGCACAUGCAGUGUGAAAUUACUGGCCGACCUUGUUGCAUACAGUUGCACGGACAGUGUCGUAUAACUACCAGAGAUUAUUGUGAUUUUGUGGAAGGAUAUUUUCAUGAAAAUGCAACACUGUGUUCACAGGUGUCAUGUUUGAGCGAAGUUUGUGGAAUGCUCCCAUUUUUGCGAAAAGAUCAACCAGAUCAAUGGUAUCGCCUUUUUAUACCACUUUUUCUGCAUGCGGGGAUAAUCCAUUGCAUUUUAACAAUUUUUAUUCAAAUUCUAUAUAUGAGGGAUUUGGAGAAACUGCUUGGUUGGGCGCGCAUAGCACUUCUUUACAUGGUAUCCGGCGUUGGUGGAUACUUGGCUGGUGCAAUUUUUGUUCCUUAUAGACCAGAAGUUGGUCCAGCAGGAUCACAUGUUGGAAUGUUUGCUGCGAUGUAUGUUGAUGUGCUCUAUAGUUGGAAUCUUCUAGAAAGACCUUGGCAUGCAGUUGUGCAACUGAGCUUAUUUACUCUAGCGCUUUUUACUAUAGGAACAUUACCGUGGGUUGAUAAUUGGGCGCAUUUAUUCGGCUUCAUCUUCGGAAUUUUGAUAUCUUUAGCUGUACUUCCAUAUAUUCAGACAAAGCGUCAUAAUCGCACCCGACGAAUAAUAAUUGUGGUAACAUCACUUACCACCGCACUUAGUUUAUUUAUCGUUCUGUUGGCUGUGUUUUAUUGGCCAUCCGGUUUCAAUUGCGUGUAUUGCGAGUACUUCAACUGCAUACCCUAUACUGAUCAUUUCUGUGAUAACCAAGGAUUACGAUUGAAGAACUGGUUACCUAUAUGA